AACACAAACACCUACAAAAACCCUCUCCUUUCCAAUUUCCAUUCAUCUCUUCUUAGUUCUUACCCCUCCUCUUCCUUCCAAUUCUCCCACCUCCAUUUCCCACAGCCGAAAGCCCAACUAGGCGGCCCACUAGCCAUCCUAGCAAAAUGAGAGAAAUCCUCCACAUCCAAGCCGGCCAAUGCGGGAACCAGAUCGGCGGCAAGUUCUGGGAAGUGGUCUGCGAUGAACACGGCAUUGAUCCCUCCGGGAAAUACGUCGGCGACUCCCGGGUCCAGCUCGAGAGGGUCAACGUCUACUACAACGAAGCCAGCGGCGGCCGCUAUGUCCCCCGGGCCGUCCUCCUGGACCUCGAGCCCGGCACCAUGGACAGCCUCCGGACCGGCCCAUACGGCAAGAUCUUCAGGCCCGACAACUUCGUCUUCGGCCAGAACGGCGCCGGCAACAACUGGGCCAAAGGCCACUACACCGAGGGCGCGGAGCUCAUCGACUCUGUUCUCGAUGUCGUCCGCAAGGAAGCCGAGAAUUGUGAUUGCCUCCAAGGGUUUCAGGUGUGCCAUUCGUUGGGAGGAGGGACGGGAUCUGGGAUGGGGACAUUGUUGAUCUCCAAGAUCAGGGAAGAGUAUCCAGAUCGAAUGAUGCUGACCUUCUCCGUCUUCCCGUCGCCGAAAGUCUCCGACACCGUGGUGGAGCCUUACAAUGCCACUCUCUCUGUUCAUCAGCUGGUUGAGAACGCCGAUGAGUGUAUGGUGCUUGACAACGAAGCUCUGUACGAUAUCUGCUUCAGAACCCUCAAGCUCACUAACCCUAGCUUUGGAGAUCUGAACCACCUGAUCUCAACGACGAUGAGCGGGGUGACCUGCUGCCUCCGCUUCCCGGGGCAAUUGAACUCCGACCUCCGCAAGCUGGCCGUGAACCUGAUCCCGUUCCCGCGUCUCCACUUCUUCAUGGUCGGAUUCGCUCCGUUGACCUCCCGCGGAUCUCAGCAGUACCGCGCCUUGACCAUCCCGGAGCUGACUCAGCAGAUGUGGGACUCUAAGAACAUGAUGUGCGCCGCCGAUCCGCGCCACGGCCGGUACCUGACCGCCUCCGCGAUGUUCCGCGGCAAGAUGAGCACUAAAGAAGUGGACGAGCAGAUGAUCAAUGUGCAGAACAAGAACUCGUCCUACUUCGUCGAGUGGAUCCCUAACAACGUGAAAUCGAGCGUCUGCGACAUCCCGCCGACGGGGCUGUCGAUGUCGUCGACGUUCAUGGGGAACUCGACGAGUAUUCAGGAGAUGUUCCGCCGGGUGUCGGAGCAGUUCACGGUGAUGUUCAGGAGGAAGGCGUUUUUGCAUUGGUAUACAGGGGAAGGGAUGGAUGAGAUGGAGUUCACGGAGGCGGAGAGUAACAUGAAUGAUUUGGUGUCGGAGUAUCAGCAGUACCAGGAUGCGGCGGCGGACGGGGAUGAGCUUGAGGAGGAGGAAGAGGAGGGGGAGUAUGAUGCCUGAGAAUGAGGACUCCGGCGGCGACGGCGGGAUGAGGGGUUUUGAAUUGGGGAUUUAUUUUUUUUGUUUGGGGUUUUGUGUUUGGGGAUGUGGAAAAUAAAAAAAAGAAUUUGUUUCUUUUUUCUCCCUGUUUUUUAUUUGUUUUCUUUUUCUUUUUUGAGACCUGUUUGUGAAAUGCUCCUGUGAAAUUGUGAUAUAAUUGAUUAAAUUAUAUUUAUUUCUUGUGUAAACUUUGUGAAACUUCUUAUGAAAAAAGAAAAAAACCUUUGUGAAACUUCCUAUGCUUAAAUGAUAAUUCAAUC